GAAUGUCUUUUUGUUGGAUUUUCCCUCAUUUUAACUCGGAUGUGAACACAGACUGAACCCCAAUAUGCUUCUCACUGUUUUAGCUCUUUCUUAGUUUUUUUGGGUGAAAUCUUACAAUGCUUUAGUCUACCUGGUGCAUUUUGCAGAGUCAUWGCUCAUCAAAAACUGCUGACAAUUUCCUCUAACCUGUCUGUGUCUUCAUGCCUUGUCCAUCAUUCCAGAUCCCUUUGAUCCAACAGGUAGCCUCACCCCCACCCUCCUACCCAAACUUUUUCUGCCCUCAGCAGUCAUUCAUCCACUCUUACACACCUUCCUCCUCUAUCRCUCAGACACAGAUUCACACACUGAUUCUCAUGUUUUAGCCGAUUAACUCAGCUCACARCUAAGGAUACAUCAACCCUGUUUUUGCCUGACUAGGAUAAAACUUUCUUCAAUAUUUCUUAUGGUUAUAUACAUUUUUUUUACUUGACCCCCCCCCAGGAGAUCAACUGGAUUUGGAAAAUAAUGGCUUAAGUGAAUYAACAGUUGCAAUACGAGACGAAUUGUGCAGUGAUGUCGAUUCUAUCAUAGACGGAGCAUAUCAGAUUGGAGCAAAGAGGCGUUUGUUAAUUGAUGAUUUUGGAGUGGAGUUUAAGAUUUGCUGAGGGAAGAAGAGGACAGGAGGAGCAGGUGAUUGAAGGAGGAAGAAGAGGAGCAGAAGAACAUGGGCCUCAACUCUGGUUGGAUCUUUCUUCUGUGCCUUUCACUCUCGCAUCAAAGUGUUACAGCACAAGCUGAAGCUUGCAGGACGGUGGUGCAGGCAGACAUAGUCUUUCUGGUGGAUGAGUCAUGGAGCGUGGGUCAAAGCAGCUUUUCCAGAGUCAAAGCCUUCAUCUCAGCCAUCAUCUCCUCCUUUCAGGGCAACAUGCUCAGAGCUGAGGGGGUUCGCUUUGGAGUCACUGUCUUUGGGGAUGUUCCAAGGAUGCGGGUUGCUUUGACAGAUUACAGCUCACUCGAGGAGGUGCUCGGAGCCAUCAGAAACCUCCCCUACGAGGGUGGGUCCAGGAGGACGGGCAGCGCCCUCCAGUUUCUCGUUGAUUCCGUGUUCAGCCCUGCCAUCAGCCGAGAUUUCACCCCGAAGAUUGCCAUUUUGAUCACAAACGGACGUUCAGAUGACCAGGUGGAUCCUGCAGCCCGAGCAGUCGCGGACAAUGGAAUUACACUCUUUGCCGUCGGUGUUAGGGGAGCUGAUGAGUCCGAGCUGAGAAGGGUUGUGGCAGAGCCCCACGAGGAGCAUCUGCUGCCAUGCGCUGACUUCUCUCUCCUGGACACCGUCCUUCCCAAACUGUCCCGAAGAUUGUGUGUCAGUGCCUCUGAACCACCACGUCCUGUGAAAACCUACAAGCCCACUGAAGAGCCUGUGGUGGGUCCCAGAGACAUGCAGGUGAGUGAACUGGCCCACAGCUCCCUCAGGCUCACGUGGAGCCAAGCCACAGGAGACGUCACYGGAUAUCGCCUCCUGGUCACACCCCUUAGCUCCAAGGGGCACCUCCUUUCUGCGCAGCAGAAGCAGCUGGACUUGAAGGCAGAUGUGAGCACAGCCAUGGUGACAGAGCUGAGUCCUAAGACAGAUUAUUCCCUCACUCUCUAUGCCAUUUACCCAAACCUCAUUGGGAACUCUGCAACAAUCACAGUGAAGACAACUCCUCUACCUAAAGUGUCAAAUUUCCGAGUGAUUGAGGAGGGUCUGUUCUCUUUGCGUCUUGGCUGGACCUCUCCUGUGGGGAAAGUCAUUGGAGUCAAGCUCUUCAUCCCUAGAACCAACAGACCAGGAUUUACAUAYGAUCAGCUGCUUCCUGGAGACAUCUCAUCCCAUGUGAUCGACAGCCUGGAGGAGGAUAUGAAGUACACCAUCAGUAUUUAYGCCAUUUAUCCCCAAGGACCAAGUGAACCGGUUUCAUUAGUGGCCAAGACAUUAAAGUUAGUACCAGUUAAGCAGUUCCUGGUCCAGAAUGCAACUACAGACACAGUCCAAGCAAGGUGGGCAUCAGUCAGAGGGGCCACAGGAUACCGCCUGACAUGGGCAUCCCCAGAAGGCCACAUAGAGAACAUCAACCUUGGUGACAAUUUUAACUUCUACAUGAUCCAGGGCCUCCACCCUGGCUCGGAGUACAUGGUCACAAUCAACCCCAUCUUUGGAGACAUCGAGGGGCCAGUCACCUCCACCAAAAUCAAGACACUGGAAAGCAGUGCUGUUCAGACACUGAAGGUAUCUGCUGUAAGCACCAGCACAGCGGUCGUCUCUUGGAACAGCGUCCCAGGGGCSUCAGGGUACAGGCUGGCAUGGGGCCCCACUCCAGAGUUUACUGGUCGAGACMGACCCAGACAGUUGGCUCUGAACGGCAGCACCACAGAGUACCAGCUGAAGAACGUAGCCCAUGAUACAGAGUAUGUUCUGACUCUGUAUGUGCUGUUUGGCUCUGUGGUCGGGCCUGGUAUCUCUGCUACCUUUAGAACCUCUCCUUUAGGUUAUGUGUCAAACUUUAAGGUGUCGUCCUAUAUGAGUACUUCUAUAGAUGUGGAGUGGAGUCCCAUYGUUGGAGCCACUGAGUACAAACUUUCUUGGAACACAGAUAAUAGUGCACCUCAGUUCCAGUAUCUGGACCACUCUGUCCUGUCCCACCAGAUUACAGACCUGAAUCCACAGUCCGUUUACACCAUCACCAUUCGUGCAGUGUACGGCAACUCGGAGGGACCAGAAAUCUCCUUGUCUCAGCUCACAGCUGCAGUCUCAGACUCUGAGCCAAUCCAGGCUGUGAAGGAGGUGAAAGUUGUGGACAUUGGAGUAAAUUCCUUCACCUUGUCUUGGAGAAAAACACCAGGGAUUUCAGGGUACAAAAUAUCUUGGGUCCCCUUCCUCGGAGGUAAUGAGAAGUCCCAAGUGGUGUCUGCAGCUUCCACCACCUUCACCAUCAACAACCUGCRGGAGAGCUCAGCAUACAAGAUCCAGGUUUCCCCACUAGUGGGGAGGAGGGAGGGAAGCCCUGUUCUGGUUACGGCACGAACCUUGGAUCUCCCAAAAGUGGAGGGCUUUGCAGCUCUGAAUACGACCGACAGCAGCACUGUUCUGAACUGGACCCGUGUUGCGGAUGUUUCUGGUUAUCUGCUGUCCUGGAGGCACAUCUCAGUGUUGGAAACAAAAACCGAGACCCUGGGCCCUACCUUCUCCUCCUAUAAGAUCCAUGAUCUCCAGUAUGGCAGAACAUAUAUUUUCACCAUCAGACCUUUGUAUGGAGAGGUGGAGGGGCCCAUCAGCACCAUAUAUCAGAGGAUAUUGGGACAAAGUGAGCCAGUAAAAAUAGGCCAACCUGCGUCAGCUACAGUAACCCCAAACUCUUCCUACACGACUGGUCCACAGACCACCUCCACUGUCAGAACUACUGCUGCCCCACCUACCACCGCGACCACUGAGCCCCCCACUGCUGCCCCACCAACCAAACCUUUAUCAACCAAGAAGCCUCCAGAUCAGCCCAGUGUCACAAAACCCAAAGCAGCAUUGAUCAGCUCCCCGAAACUCACCACAGUUAGCACAAAGUCUACAACUGCACCUCAGCCAGUGUGUGGGAAAGCCAAAUCAGACAUAGUAUUCUUGGUGGACGAGUCCUCGAGCAUCGGCGUUAACAACUUUAUCAAGAUGAAAGACUUUAUUUUUCGAGUGGCCACUUACUUCCCUGUUAUCGGUCCACAGGGCACACAGAUAUCUUUGGUUCGUUACAGUGACGAGCCUCGCAUUGAAUUCCGUCUAAGCGACUUCAAAGACAGAAACUCUGUGCUGCGGGCGAUCAGGGGGCUGCGAUACGGAGGGGGGAACACCAAAACAGGAAAAGGGAUCAGCUACGUUCUGCAGGAAGUCUUCCAGGAGUCUUUGGGGAUGAGGCAGGAUGUGGCCCAUGUUCUGGUUCUGAUCACUGAUGGCAGGGCCCAGGAUGAUGUGAUGCCACCCUCCAGAAUCGCACGAGUUUUAGGGGUCAGUGUUUUAGCAGUUGGAGUUUCUAACGCCGAUAUAGAGGAGCUGAAUAAAAUCGCUGCUCCCACCAGCUACAAAAACAUCUUCUACUCUCCAACCUUUGAUGACUUCCCCUCCAUAGAGAGGGAAUUUAUCAGCAGCAUCUGUGGUGAGGAACUCCUGUCCGAGUUUAAACUACACGAUGAGUUUGCUCAGUUAGACACUCCGACUGAAGACCCAGAGGAGCUAGAUAAGCCUCAGGGUCCCUGUUCCUCACGGUGUGAGAAGGGCCAGAAAGGAGCAAAGGGAGAUGGUUUUAGUCUUGGAGGUUUGAGAUUUAAGCAAAGCCCUGGACAGUUUGAUCCUUUCACAGCUUCCAAAGGAGAAAAAGGAGAGAGGGGACCCACUGGCACAGAUGGCAUCCCUGGGUUACCAGGGCGACCGGGACGAACUGGACCUCCAGGUUCUCCUGGCCAGCGGGGUUCUCCAGGCAUUCCAGGCAACAUGGGUCAUCCUGGACUUACUGGUCCAAAGGGACAGAGGGGAGAGAGAGGAGAGCCAGGGUACGUUAUCGCUGGCACGGAUGCAAAUUUYGUCCCGGGACGAAAAGGAGAACCUGGAUCUUCUGGCCCACAGGGACCAGCAGGAGUAUCAGGUGUCAAUGGUGCUCCAGGCCUGCCUGGCCAGCCUGGACCACCAGGACCACCGGGAACAUCUGUAAAAGGAGAUCCUGGAGAGCCGGGAGCAAAAGGUUUACGGGGGAAGCAUGGCAUGAAAGGAGACAAAGGAGAUCCGGGGAAAGAUGGUAUUGCUGGUCUGCCUGGUCCCAUUGGUAUUGAUGGGGUACCAGGAUUACCAGGUCAGAAAGGACAGAAGGGUGAAGAAGGCAUUGGUAUACAAGGUAUUCAGGGACCUCUUGGAGAAAAGGGAGAUAAGGGAAAUAUUGGUUUAAUAGGAGCAAUUGGCCAAAAGGGUGACCGUGGUGAUCCGGGUAUCCAGGGUAUUGCUGGACCUCGGGGUAAAAAGGGACUGAAAGGAGAGCAAGGGGACAAGGGAGAGAAGGGAGACAUGGGACAUUCUGGACCACAAGGACCUCAGGGACAGACGGGACCGAUGGGACUGAAAGGAGAUGAAGGUCCAAGAGGAGUCCCUGGAGAUCCUGCCAAGGGUAUAAUUGGUCCAACUGGAAAAAAAGGCGCCAGGGGAGAUGUCGGUCCAGUUGGUUCCACAGGCCCUCAGGGAACAAAAGGAGACAGAGGAGAUAAAGGAGAAAAGGGAAGUCCUGGUUUUGGGAUUCCAGGGCAGCCAGGACCAAAAGGAGAAAACGGUGAAAGGGGAAAUGUUGGUUUAUCAGGAAAACCAGGUCCAAAAGGAAAAGAUGGUGCAAAAGGUGAGACGGGGAGUACUGGUUUACCUGGCAAGCCCGGAGAUCCAGGAUUAAGAGGUAAAGAUGGAGGACCUGGAGCUAAGGGAGAACAGGGAAUGAAGGGUGACGCAGGGCCAGCUGGAGAGCCUGGUGAAAGAGGAAUAAGGGGUCCUCUGGGUUUACCAGGGAGGCCGGGGGACCCCGGAGAUAAAGGUGACUCUGGGACAUCUGGUCAGCCCGGUUCUGAUGGAAGUAAAGGUGAUAAAGGAGAGCCGGGGAAACCAGGACCUCCGGGAACACAAAUUGUUUCAGACAACAAUAUUCUCACCAGAGUGAUUAAGGGUGAACCAGGAGAGCCCGGUGAGCCUGGUUUCAAAGGGGAAACAGGUGUUCCUGGGCCAAGAGUGAGUAAUCAUCUCUGCAUUUACAUUCAUCAGACAAGGCCAAACUCAGGCUCAACAGAUUUCUUAUAA